AAAACACGGGAGAAAAUCGUAGUUCCUCAAUUCUCCAUGCAUGUUGUGGCUGCAGAUACACCUACGCUGCCUCCCCCUCACUUGGCCAUACUAGGCUUGUAAUCCUCCUAUUGUUCCCGUUCGCUCGCUUUGGUGUCCUAGAGCCAUAAUGCCUCUUGACUUCAACAUCACCCACACAUGGGACGGCGAGCCCUUGGGCAACGAGCGGCCGGUCCAGCUGCACCUGUCGGGGAGUCCUGACGGGGAGCACCUGGAGGUCAGCAUCAUCGCGCCCUUCUUCGAUGACCCCGCUUCCUCUGACGCCCCUGCAGGAGAGUCGGUGAUGCCGCUUUUCAGAGACGAAGUGGUGGAAGCUUAUUUCCUCAACGAUGAAGACCAGUACUUUCAAAUGCAAUUAACUCCACGGGGCCAUUACCAAGGACUCCUUUACAACGGCGAGCGAGCCCGGAUACGCUUCCACCUGCCGUUAAUGACCACCGCGCGCAUUAACCGAGAAUCGAACACCUGGACGGGCCUGGUUAAGAUCCCCGUCGAUUACUUGCCUCGCAAUGUGACAAAGUUCAACGCUUUUGCCAUGCACGGAGCGAACCCAAAUCGCCAGUUCUGGAGUCUCUUCCCUUCUGACGGAUCUCUCUCCGAACCCGACUUCCACGCAUUGCAGUUUUUCGAAGAGGUCGACUUCACGCAGAUGCUUCCCAAUCUCCCCGAAGAGUCAUCUCAACUCUGGCUUGAUGCCAUUGAGGGGGUCUUCCGAUACCACGUCAAGACCGAAUGGAACAGUGUCCCCGUGACUCACGAUCCGGUCGAGAUUAAGCUCCAAGGAUUUGAGGCAGGUGUUGAGAUGAACGUGACGGCUCCCUUCUUCAAUGACCCCAAGCCCGACGGUCCUUCUGGCCAGCCCUUCUACGGUCUCUGGGAUUACGAGGUUGUGGAGAUGUUCUUCCUCAACGACAACGACGAGUAUCUGGAGGUGGAGCUCGGACCUUGGGGCCAGCACCUCCUCCUCCUGCUCAAGGGCGCCCGCAACGCCAUCAAGCACUCCAUGCCCCUAGACUACAUCGCUCAAGUCCCAACGACAACGGACGGGAAGUGGACGGGGUCGGCCUUGAUCCCCCCCGAGUACUUCCCCCCGAACGUGACCCGCAUCAACGCCUACGCCAUCCACGGCACGGGCAAGGACAGGGUCUACGAGUCGCUCUUCCCGGCGCCCGAGAACGACCCGGAUUACCCCCAGCCGGACUUCCACCGCCUGGAGCUGUUCAAGCCGAUCGACUUCCAGUUCCAAAUGCCCAACAACUCGGAGUACUCGCAGCUGUGGCAGGACGCCAUGACCAGCGGCGGCAGCUCGUCGACGGGGAUCUCGCCAGUGGUUAAGGAUGAGGAGGAGGUGGAGAUAACGACGAUGCUGGGUCUCCGUGAUGAAGACAAGGAGUUCGUGACCACGUUCGCUCCCGAGACGGCGAGGCCCUUCUCUUCCUCCUCCUCGACGCGCCGCAGGGGAGGCCAGGGGGGCUCCACCACGCGACGAAGGAGGCCGAUGCCGCACAAGGUGGACUCGCAAGUUGUGUCGCGAGGGCAGAGCCGGAAGGAGGACCAGUCUCUGUUCCAGCAGCGGCGAGGCGAGGCGCAGUUCUUCAACCCCGGCCCCGUGCCCAGGCCUCAACAGGUCCGGGGAACCGCUCCGGGCCGGUUCCAGGACCGUGUGCUCGUGUCGGAGGCGGCGGACCAGAAUCGGAAUGUCGAUCAGCGGUUCUCGCAGGGGACUAAUGGAUUCCAAAACCAAGGAUUCCCGUUCCAGGAUCAAGGACGCCCCCAGGCAGAAUUCCAGGGUCAAGGACGCCCCCAGGUAGCAUUCCAGGAUCAAGGACGCCCCCAGGUAGCAUUCCAGGAUCAAGGACGCCCCCAGGCAGCAUUCCAGGAUCAAGGACGCCCCCAGGUAGCAUUCCAGGAUCAAGGACGCCCCCAGGCAGCAUUCCAAGAUCAAGGACGCCCCCAGGCAGUAUUCCAGGAUCAAGGACGCCCCCAGGCAGCAUUCCAGGAUCGAGAUAGGUUCGAAGAAACUCGCCCAUUCCAGAACCAAGGGCAGUUCCGACCUCCUCAGCAGGAUCGUAAUAGGUUUGAAGAAACUCGACCAUUCCAGAACCAGGGACAGCCGCAGCAGGAUAGGUUCGAAGAGACCCUGCCAUUCCAGAGCCAAGGGCAGUUCCGACCUCCGCAGCGAUUCCCAGAACAGGAAGAGCAACUAUUCCAGACCCGACCCGAAGCGCCAGCGUUCCAGGACCGCGACCAGUUCGAAGAGACGCAGUCAUUCCCGCAAGGCCAAGACUCGCAGGCGUUCCUAGCGGACGAGGAGCAGUUCGAGACGCAGCCGCCGUUCUUCCCGGAGGAGGAGGAGGAGUUCCGCCCGCCCCAGAGGCCGAGCGCGGGCGUCCGCGACAGCCAGCCCAGCAGGGUGUUCAGCAACCCGCCGCUCGUGAGGGAGGGCGAGCAGGUGGCGUCUCCUGAGGUAGAGGCGGCCAUCCAGACCCUAUCGCAGGCCACGGCGGCGCUGCCUCCCCCUCACCCCGUGUGCUUCGAGUCGGGCCUGAUUCCCGACUCCCAGCUGUGCUACGCCUUCCACGAGUGCGUGAUCGAGAACGGCGAGUGGCAGAUGUACUCGUGGCGCUGUCAGCGAGGCCACGUGUACGACCCAAUCAACGUGGAGUGCAUUCGGGGGAGAUGCGCCACCAGGAGGAGGCUCGGAUGAAGGGGCGUCGAGGUCGGGCAAGGGACGCUGAAAUGAGCUGAAAAAAAAACAAACAAAAAAUGAAAAUAAAGUCAAAACACAAAAAGUGAGUGCACAGCAACCACAAACAAACAAACAAAAGGCUCAUUUUGUGUGUUGAAAUGAGCAGAAAAAACAACAACCAAAACAUCAAAAUAAACUGAAAACACACACACACACAAAGAAAUACAUACCGAAUAUAAACACAAAAAAUAAAAGCUCAUUUUUGUGUUGAAAAACAAUUAAAGGGAAUAAAUCUGCUACGUAUGUACACAUGUAUGGAACAUUUUUCAGAGUGUCUCGAACUUCCGAGAUUUGACUCGAGGAAGCAGCUGGACCUCGGGGAAACUAUUCUAUAUUUUGCAUAUUACCCAGCUUGAAUUACGCUGUUGCGGGGAUAUCAUGACUGAAGGUUGAUAUACGGUAGUUUCAUAAGGCUUAUAUACCCUAUACAUUCCAAUUACUGUGUGUCUUGUCUCUGCUGAUUCAGCAAGUUGUUAUUUGUUACAAUAAAAGAUUUGUCAUGAA